UUUUUUAUUCUCUGCUAUUUCAAUUCAUUACGUCUCCAAAAAGCGACGCUUCGCUUCUUUUCGCAGCUCGCGCUUUCUCUAUUCAUAUCAGCGAUUAUCCAGUGUUGAGAAGUGAAUAACGAUUCUGGGUGCAUUUGGCUGAACUGGAGUUCGUUGAUCUGUUUAAAGGUUGCCUGAUGGAGUGAAGCUUGGAGAUUUGAGAUAUAGAAGAAAUACUACCAGGGUUUGGUACGCUAUCUGUCUUUUGCCCAGCGUUCACAGCUAUUUGAAAAUAUUUAAAUAACGGUUAGGUUCGGCUCUGGAGAGCUACGUAGACUUGAGUCGUCAAGGGGGAAUGCCUCCCAUGACACCUUCCCGGGUGGCAGGUGGGUUAACCCAAUCACCAUCAAAUUCUGGAAUUUUCUUUCAAGGAGAUGGGCAGUCGACGAUUGUUGUUAAUUCUCACUUGAGCUCAUCUUUUGUUAAUUCGUCUAGCUUAGUUCCGGGAGCUGGUCGCUCAAACCUGGGUCCAGUCUCUGGGGAUAUGAAUAAUGCAGCUUUGAACAGUGUGGCAAACUCAGCACCAAGUGUCGGAGCCAGUUCUUUAGUCACAGAUGCAAAUUCUGCUCUCUCUGGUGGUCCCCAUUUGCAGAGAAGUGCCAGUGUUAACACAGAUUCAUACUUACGAUUGCCUGCAUCACCUAUGUCAUUUACUUCAAAUAAUAUCUCUGGGUCAUCAGUGAUUGAUGGUUCCUCUGUAGUACAACAGAGCUCUCAUCAAGAACAAAAUGCUCAACAAUUGCAGCCUAAUCAGCAGCAGCCGCAUGGUGCUUCAAGUGCUACAUCUUUGCCUGCAUCUCAAACUGGUCUUUCUCCCCUUCAAAUGAGUGCACAAGUCCCAGGAUCUUUCAUUCAAGAUCCAAAUAAUAUGUCUCAUUUGUCAAAGAAACCUAGACUGGAUAUCAAACAGGAAGAUAUAAUGCAGCAACAGGUUCUUCAGCAGAUUCUUCAGAGACAAGAUUCCAUGCAAUUACAGGGUCGUAAUCCACAGUUACAGGCUUUGCUUCAACAGCAGCAGAGACUGAGACAACAGCAAAUGUUUCAGUCGAUGCCACAAUUACAACGAGCGCAGUUGCAACAGCAGCAGCAACAACAACAGCAACAAAUGCAAUUGAGGCAGCAAUUUCAGCAACAAAUGAUGCAGCCCUCUUCUGCUGUCAAGCGUGCAUAUGACAGUAGUGUUAGUGGGGUUUGUGCACGUCGAUUGAUGCAGUAUCUCUAUCAUCAAAGGCAACGGCCAAAUGAUAAUAGUAUUGCCUAUUGGAGAAAAUUUGUUGCGGAAUAUUACUCUCCUCGUGCAAAGAAACGGUGGUGCUUGUCAUUAUAUAGCAACGUUGGGCAUCAUGCACUUGGUGUUUUCCCCCAAGCAGCUAUGGAUGCAUGGCAUUGUGACUUGUGUGGUUCUAAAUCUGGAAAGGGAUUUGAGGCAACUUAUGAAGUAUUACCUAGACUUAAUGAAAUCAAAUUUGGCAGUGGAGUGAUUGAUGAACUUUUGUUUCUGGACUCAUCACGUGAACAAAGAUUUCCGUCUGGUGCAAUGAUGAUAGAAUUUGCAAAAGCAGUUCAAGAGAGUGUAUAUGAGCAGCUUCGUGUUGUUCGUGAAGGUCAACUUCGAAUCAUAUUCACUCAAGACUUGAAGAUACUGUCUUGGGAGUUCUGUGCAAGGCGCCAUGAAGAACUUCUUCCUCGAAGGUUGGUUGCACCUCAGGUCAACCAAUUAGUUCAGUUGGCUCAAAAAUGCCAGAGUACAAUUGCUGAAAGUGGGGCAGAUGGGGUUUCUCAGCAAGACUUACAAACUAACAGCAACAUGGUAUUGACAACUGGACGUCAGCUUGCAAAGAUUUUAGAGUUGCAAUCGCUAAAUGACCUGGGCUUUUCUAAAAGAUAUGUGAGAUGUUUGCAGAUUUCGGAGGUCGUCAAUAGCAUGAAAGACCUAAUAGAUAUCUGUGCAGAUCACAAAAUUGGGGCAAUUGAGAGCUUGAAAAACUAUCCUCGGCUUGCAACAACCUCAAAGAUCCAGAUGCAAAAGAUGCAAGAAAUGGAACAGAUAGCAAGUGUUCAAGGUCUGCCAACUGAUCGAAACACACUUAAUAAGCUAAUGGCACUGAAUCCUGGAUCGAACAAUCAUAUGAACAACACUCAUAAUAUGGUUAAUCGUGGUGGUUUGAGUGGGUCAGCCCAAGCUGCUUUAGCACUGAACAGCUACCAGAAUCUUCUCAUGAGGCAAAAUUCUAUGAAUUCCAGCCCUGGCUCACUUCAGCGAGAAGGGCCCUCUUUCAAUAAUUCAAGCCCGAGUCCCUCUUCUGCUCUUCAAGGAUCUGGUCCCGCUCUAAAUCCAGGCUCAAUGCAGAAUUCUCCUGGUAGUGGUUUUCCAAGUCCCCAUCUAACCCCACAGCAGCAGCAGCAACAACAACUCCUUCAACAGCGCACAUUAAGUGCAAAUAGUUUACUGCAACAAAAUACUUCGCAGGGGUCCCAAGGAAAUCAAGCUCUACAGCAGCAGCAGGUGAUCCAGCACCUGCUGCAGGAGAUGUCAAAUAACAAUGGGGGAAUGCAACCACAAUCUCUUGGUGGACCCAAUGCAAAUGGGAAUAUGGCGAAGAAUGCAUUGGGUUUUGGGGGCCAUACUCCAACUGUAAGCGGAGGGGGUUCUGCCAACGUUUUAGGAAACAAUGGACCCAUUUCAAGGAAUAAUAGCUUCAAAACUACUUCAAAUGGAGAUUCUUCUGCAGCCGGUGGCAACAAUGGAUUCAACCCGAGAACAUCCGAGAUGCCACAAAAUCUGCAUUUGCAAGAUAUGAUACCGGAGAUUGGCCAUGAGUUUGCAGAUAAUACCUACUUUCACAGUGAUCUUGAUGAUAACAUGGGCUUCGGCUGGAAGGCAUGACUAACACAACUUGGUUAUGUUAUUGGCUUAUCAUGUUGAUGUGUUUAUUAUCAUUGUACAGGAUACUUUAAAUAGUUGCUGCUUUUUUCUUUGGUUUUCACUUUAGUUUUCUUGAUGGAAUUUGUUUGGACUCGAACUCGAGUAGGUUUUUUAGAGAUUUUAUUUGAGCGUUUUUGUCCUGCAAGUGUAAUCUAUUGGACAAUUUAAACAAAAGUUAGAUUUUUAUACGGCACUUAAAUUUCGUGUCAAUUAAGUUUGAUCAAUACCAUUGACAAUGAAA